AUGGCUUUAGAUCUCAGAAUCUCAUUUCAGGGAGAACCAUCUAGGAAUGAUCCUGGGUCAGAAAACCUAGAGCAUAAACCCAGUCAAGGACCAGCCAUUCAGGAGGAAGAGGAGAUCUAUGAGUUCCCGAACACUCAGCUCAGUUUAUUACAAAACAGUAAUAACUCAUGUGCAAGGCAGGAACUGCAAAAUCUCUAUAAGUUAUUUUACUCAUGGCUGCAGCCAGAAAAACACAGCAAGGAUGAAAUUAUUUCUCGUUUGGUCCUGGAACAGUUUAUGAUCAAUGGCCACUGCAGUGACAGGUCCAUGUUGAAAGAGAAAUGGAAUGCAAGUGGCAGAAACCUGGAGAAAUUCAUGGAAGAUCUGACUGACGACGGCAUGAAGCCACCUGGAUUAGUUCACGUCCACAUGCAGGGGCAGGAAGCCCUCUUUUCUGAGAAUAUGCCCUUAAGAGAAGUCAUUGUUCACUUCAUGAAACAGUUGCCAGCAAGGACCCCAACAGAAGAGAACAUGGGGACACCCUCCUGGAUUCCCCAAGAAACUUCCCUGGAAACAGGACAAGGAGAUAAAGAUAAAAAAAAUGGAGACUAUAUUUAUCACAUGAAUGACAGUAUUACUAGUGAAGGCAAUGAAAUACCUUCCCUGCUCAUUAUCCAGGAAGAGGACUGUCCUAGGCUUGAAGAGGACAGUGUUUCUUUGAAGAAUCUGCUCAGCUCUGGAAGAGCAGGUCUAGGCACAUCCAGGUCCAAGGAAGGGUCCCUGAAGGGACCCUUAUAUCAAGAUGUCCUUAUAGAGGGGGGACCAGGGUUUCUCUCUCAGUCAAUCCAGGUCAUCCCUGAGCCUGUUCCUACCCACCAGAGAACUGAGGGGAGCUCCACAUGUGGGGGACACCAAGGAAGAUGCCAUGAAGCCCACAACUCAUACAGAUGUGAAAAGUGUCCCAAGAUCUUUAGGUAUUUCUCUCAGCUAAAAGCCCAUCAGAGAAGACACGAUAACGAGAGGACAUUUACUUGUGCUGAGUGUAACAAAGGCUUCUUCCAAGCAUCAGACCUACACGUGCAUCAGAAGAUUCAUGCAGAAGAGAAGCCUUUCACGUGCAGCACGUGUGAAAAAUCCUUCAGCCACAAAACCAACCUUCUGGCACAUGAGAGAAUCCACACAGGAGAGAAGCCCUAUGAAUGUUCCCUCUGCCAUAGAAGGUACCGCCAGUCGUCCACCUACCACCGCCACCUGAGAACUCACCAGAAAAUUGCCUUCAGAGGUAUUCCCUCCACACCAGAAGCUUCCUUGGGUGCAGCCCCAAUGGAAUGA